CCACUUUUGUUUCUGAUCGUUAAACCGGCAGCGAUCAUUACGCAACAUCUCGGUAGAUAGAAACGGCUUUAGGAAGGCUUCCUGUCGCGACCGAAAAGGAAACAAGAUGGCAGCUCAAUAUGGCCUUAGCUUCAACUCAGCGGCCGUGAUGAUGCUGCUCGUGUGGAUUACGCUUCUAGGAGUGGCACCUUCUCAAGGACAGAACCAACCGAGGUUGAAAAUCCUGCCCGCAUCUUCCAUACAGCGUAAACCAGUCGGACACUCGCUGUUGCUGACCUGCCGACCGGAAGUACCGGACACUAAUCUCAUCUCAGAUCUCAGAUGGAACGACAACCGCAACAUGACCAUCCUACCGAAACCGAUGAACUAUUACUCUCCUCUGUACGAUUCGAAAGGUCGUAAGCUUCGAACGAAGGCGGGUCAGUCGUCGCCGAUGAUCUACACGGAAUCGAUAGCGGGCGGUACGGCGUUAGCACUAAUCUUCAACUCGCUGCAGGAGUCUAUGGCUGGCACGUACUACUGUGCUGCUUCCUACUCGGUCACCGAAAAGCUGAACGCGGCCGUCGUGGUAGAAACCUACGUUGCCAUCACUUGGAAGGAUGCUCCCACGGACCAACGCCCCCUGAUGGGUACGGACUACAUUGUACGUUGCGAAGUAACCGCCAAUCCACCAGCAACUGUUGAUUGGCUUCGAAACGGUGAUCAGAUUAAAUCCAGCGGACGGUAUGUGAUCGAAAAUCGAGGUUUGCUUAUCAAAAACAUAACCGAGGCGGAUGAUGGUGUGUAUACGUGCCGUGCAGCCGUGAUGUCGACGGGUGAGCUAAAGAACCGUGAGAUAAGGGUCGAGGUGCAGAUCAUGCCCGAAGUUCAGCGCCUGCCGCAGGUGAUGGAUGCCGUUGAGGGCCAAUCGUUUUCGGUGAUGUGCAAUGCAACCGGCAAACCGGUGCCAGAAUUCCAAUGGAUUAAGAAGGGAACGCAACAGAAUGCGGCCGAAUUGGAUAGAUUUUCCGUUAACGCCAUCACUGGUCAGCUUGAUAUCAGUACCGUGGAGCAGCAGGAUCACGACAACUAUGCCUGUAUCGCACGCAAUCCAGCCGGUCAGUCGGAGUCGGUGAUGAAGCUGAAUGUGUUGAUUCGACCGAAAAUAAUCGAAUUUAUCAACAUUACCGUGUCGGAGAAUGAGGAGGCCAUUUUUGUGUGCAAAGCAUUUGGCCGACCCGCCCCAGAAAUUACGUUCCGUCGCUACGGCACGGUGGAAGAGUACACGAUCGGCUUGCAGGUUAGUGACGAUCGGAUCAUCCUGGAACAAUCGACCGACGAUGAGAAGGGUGAAACGGUCGGUACGCUACGCAUUUCGAAACUUGCGACCACCGAUGACGGGUUGUACGAAUGUAUCGCUCGAAACCGUGGUGACGUGGCGUUCAAGGUUGGCCACAUUACCGUCGAGUAUCGGCCAAUCUUUGAUCACAUGAAAGCUCUACCGCCAGUGUACACGUGGGAGGAGCGUCCGGCUAAUCUGAGCUGUUUCGCUCAAGCAAUUCCAAAUGCAACCAUCGAAUGGCGCUUCAACGAUCGGCGUGUGCAGGAUCUGUACGAUCAAAAUUUGCGCAUCGAAAAUGAAGGACUACGCAGUGAUUUAAUCAUUACACCGCGCGAUCGUCGCUACUACACCGCAUACAAGUGUGUCGCCAACAACAGGCUGGGCAGUGCGGAGCAUGUGAUGGAGUUGCGUGAAGCGCGAAUCCCCGAAUCGGUCCCGCAAGCUAAACCGCGCAUCGUCAGUGCAACCUCAAUCACGUUCGACAUAAUGGCACCACCAGUCGAACCUGGGCUGCCGCUGACUGCUUUUUCCGUGCAGUGGAAGGAACAGUUCCAGAGCGAUUGGAACUUUGCCUUCAACCGUACUUGGUCACCUGACAGUCCGUAUAUUGUGGAAGGUUUGCGACCACAGACGGCGUACUCGUUCCGGUUUGCAGCACGCAACGUCGUGGGGCUCAGCCAGUGGGGUGCGUACGUGGAUCAGUCGACGCCGCGCCGUUCGGAACCGGAAACGCCACGCAUACUGCACACACCGAUCCAGGACGAGGAGGAAGACAGUGAUCCGAUCGUUACCUCGCCGUACGCGGACCAUUUCGAUAUGCGAUGGAGCAUACCGGUAGACAAUGGUGAGCCGAUCGACAUGUACCGCAUCAAAUACUGUCCGGGUACCAAGGUGAACGGAUACUGGACCGAGAUGGAGGAGCACUGCAUCGAGCAGGACAUUGCGCGCAUGACCAAUCACGAAAUGCGCAACCUGCAGGCCGACACCUACUACCGGAUAGAGCUGAUGGCGCACAACGCAAUCGGUUUCUCGAAGCCGGCUCACGUACUCAUGAAGACUGCACGAGGUAUCGACGUGGUGCUACGCGUUGACAGUCCAACGCUAUCGUCCGCUGCUGUCGUCGGUAUAGUGAUCGGUUCCGUAGUGUUGCUGCUGAUCAUCGCUGAUCUGCUGUGCUGUGCCUUCGGUAAUCUGGGCAUAUUGGCCACCCUCUGCCGGAAGACGAAACGAUCGCCCUCGGAUCUGGACGAUGAAGCCAAGCUGGGCAGUCUCUACGGUUGGCGUUUUCCGCUACCCUAUUGCAGUGGCAGCCUGAUCAAGGAGCGUCCACCAUCUCCGUUGCCGCUGCCGCCACCAAUUGUGAAACUGGGCGCCACUACGCCACUGGAAGACGAAAAGCAACCCCUCAACACACAACCCGCCGCUGCCUCACCGCUGAAAGUAAACUCUUCUGUUGAGUUCGAUGGACGCGUAGUACACUCCCGGAGUGGUGAAAUUAUUGGUAAAAAUUCUGCCGUGUAAAGCUGUGUUUUUACCUCUUUCGUUGGAG